UUUGAACCGCAUGGAACUGUCACUUUGCAGGUUCUCAGCUAUUAUGAUAGCCAUUCUCCUCGGGUUGUUCUGUGCAGUUCAGGGCCAGAAGUUGGCUCUCAAGGACCUGCACACGCUCCACCAGUGGACAAACCUUAGUUUGGGAGAUGAUCUGUCCAAGGGGAACCGCUUCCUGCCGGUGGAUGUGGACAUUGAGUACGGCGAUGAGGGCAGGCAUCGCACCUUCCUCACAAUUCCGCGACUUGGGAUGGCCACACCCUUCACACUGGCCACCGUGGUUGCAAGUGACAACGAGGUGGUGGAGAAUCCCCGCUUGGAGGCGUAUCCAAACGGGGAGUGGCAUGUUCCUCCCAACAAUUGCUCCGGUAUCACCUCCGCCAUUAGGACUUAUAUUGAUGAAUGCUGGCGACUCUGGGUGGUGGACUCGGGUCAGGUCAACUCCAUACAGCUGUGUCCGCCACAAAUCCUGACCUUUGACCUGGUCAAGGAUGAACUGAUCCAACGACACUCCAUUCCGCCGGACGCCUACACACCAAGUGUAUCCAUCUUUACGGCUUUGGUGGUGGAUCUGGCGGAGAGUGGAACCCCAAAUCGGUGUGUGGGUGGCAUUGCCUAUAUAGCCGAUGCCUGGGGAUAUGGCCUGAUCGUCUUUGAUUCCCUGUCUGGCCGAUCCUGGCGCAUAGAGCACGAGUCCAUGAAGCCCUUGAAAUUGGGGAGAAUGGGCCGCUCCAGUAACUCUCAAGCGGGAAUAUUCACAGUGAGCCUUAGUCCCAGUGAAGUGGAAGAACGCUUUUUGUACUUUCACACGCUGAAUGCCUUCAAUGAGGUAAAGGUUUCCCUAACUCUGAUCAACAAUGAAACGCUUUGGAGAACCUCGAAUGCCAGCGAAGUCGGGGAGCACUUUCACGUACUGGGAACCCGGGGAAUCCAAUGCGAAUCGGAGGUGAUGGACCAGUCCGGGAAUCUCUUCUGCAGCCUCAUCAGCUUGGGGGCCAUAAUUAGGUGGCAGGAGAGCUCCAAUUACACGGCGGACGAUCUGCGAGUGGUGGCCUACAAUCCGCACAAGAUCAAGUUCGUCACGGGCCUCAAGAUCAACCGGAAUUCCAAAGGAGAGGAGGAGCUAUGGGCCUUGAGCAGCCAGCCGAAACUUUUCGUGGGCGUUGACUUGCCGGCGAACGAGGUCAAGUUCCAAAUAAUUGGCUGCCGAACGGCUGACCUACUUGCCAAUACGCCAUGUACAGUGGGGGCCACAGAAGCCACGCCUCCUAACGUUUAA